AUGGCUCCCAUCAAUUCGUCUCCCGUCGAUGCCACAAGACCACCCCCAAUAAGCGAAUGGACUAGUUUUAUGGUUACUCUAUUCGCGAUACCCUGCAUCCUCAUGACCAUCGCAGCAGUCUGGGCAGUAUGGAGGCAGAAGCAAAUCCGCACAAUGUCCUUGGUUGUUAGUAUGGACUAUGAAGUUACUGAGGUGGCCAACGUUCGGACGCCUCUCUUGGCUCUACCAUCUACACCACAACUCAAGGCCAAAAACACGCUUGAAAUCCCGGGGAUGUACACUCCAUCAAUCAGUCCGGCGCUGUCGGGGAGGACAGAAAUCGCAUCGCCUGUGGAGGAAGAGCAGCGGCACAAGUUCAAGGAUAUUCCUGAGUUUUCAAUCAGCAGGGCGACAUGA